UUCAUCGUGUUACUUCUCCCUAGACAGUGACCUCCUGACGAAGUGAGGUAAGAAGGUUAGCCAGAGAGGAAUUUUACCUGAUACAGUGCGAUCGGAGUGGUGGUGUAAGAGUGAGACGGACAGAUGAGCAAGUGCGGCACGGUGGUCCAGAGUAGCAGGAGCUCGCCGGAGAUGGUGGUGGUCGCUGUGUUGGUGGCGAUGGUGGUGGCGGCUGUGGAGCAGUGCAGCGCGUCCGAGCCGCUAGUGGUGCGCGUCAACAAGUGCUGCCAUCUGCACCAGCAGCUGGCGAUAAACAUGACCGCCUGCCUCGACUACGAUUACGAGAAGUACGAGGUGGCGCGCACGGCUCGUUCUACACCCACGCCGUCGACGGCUGCGUCGUCGCCGCCGCCGCCACCGCGGCUGCCGUGGUGGGUGUCUGCGAAGCUGCGCGUGGUGAUGCCGUCUGGGCAGGAGGUGGGGGCGGCGGGGGUGGCGUGGCUCGCCAGCCCGGGGGCGGCGCCCGGCUGCCCCGCGCCCUGGCGCUCCCUGGUGAUGCAGCACCUGAACCAGUUCACCGUCACGCACGACGGCCGCAUGCUGCUGUACGACGCCGGAGACGAAGACGACGACGGCGUAGACGACGCCCCGCUGGAGCUGCCCGCCGGCGCCUUCUGCCUCGACAGGAUCAAGGUCCGACAGGACGGUGAGGGCCGGCUGGUAGCUCUGGCGUGCGAGUGCUCGUCGGCGUCGGCGUGGUGCUGGCGCAGCUGCUGCCCCUCGGGCUACAAGCUGGACGUGGCGGAGCUGGACCGCGUCCACCAGAACGUCGACUGCGUCAACGACGCCUCGCCAGAGGCACCCAGGCCCUGGCUGCCCACGCUGCCCAACAUGCGCCGCCGGGAGGUCUACGGAUUCCCCAAGUGCGAGAAGGGUGAGCACAUCUCGGAGACGUACGAGGCGCAGUCGUGGCAGUUGCUGGCCAACGGCAGCGCGCUGGUGGGGGGCGUGGCUGUCGCGCAGCCCCUGGAGCGCUACUGCGCAGACGCGGCGGGCCACGGCGGCCGCGGUCAGCUGCUCUACUGCAGCGACAGGUCCGUCUCCUGGAAGCCCAACCGCCAGCGCGGCCUGCUCUACGGGCUGCUGUUCGGACUGGGCGCCAUCUUCCUGCUCGCCACCGUGCUCCUCUACAGCUGCCUGCCCGGCCUGCUGGCUCGGAUGCACGCGCGGGCCGUGGUGUGCCACGCUACCUCUCUGCUGGGAGCCUACGUGGCGCUCGCCGUGAUGCAGACGUGGCCCGACAUGCCGCCGCCAGCCUGCUCUGCCGCCGCAUUCAUUGUGCAGUAUUCCUUCCUGGCGGCGUUCUUCUGGCUCAACGUCAUGUGUCUGGACAUUUCCUGGGCCUUCAGUGGGCUGCGUUCGCUGCAGGGCGGCGCCUGGGACGGCGACCGACGGCGCUUCUGGUGGUUCUCCGCCUACGCGUGGGGCGGCGCCGCCCUCGUGUGCGCGGCCACCGCUGCCGUCGAGUUCUCCGACUCCGUGCCCAAGGGCGCCAAGCUGAAGCCAGACUUCGGCGCCGUGCGCUGCUGGUUCAGGGGGCGCGAGGCGACGCUGCUGUUCUUCUACGGGCCGGUGGCUGUGUUGCUGCUGGGGAACCUCUCCCUCUUCACCUACACCGCCGUCAAGAUCGUCUCUGCUUACAAGGAGACGCAGAUACUCAACAUGGUGGACGGGCGCCGCCGCGGCAAGUCCAGCGGACACAGCAUCUACCGCAAGGAACGCCAGAGGCUAGUGCUGUACACCAAGCUGUUUGGGCUGAUGGGACUGACGUGGGUGAUGGAGAUCGUGUCGUGGGCUGUGGGCGGACCUGCUUACUACUGGUACCUGACGGACCUGGUGAACCUACUGCGGGCUGUCUUCCUGUUCUACCUGUUUUGCUGCAAGCGCAGCGUGCUUCGGCUGCUCAGGUCGCGACUGCCCUCCUGGUGCCCGUGCUCACUGCCGCCAUCAGAGGGUCAUGGAGGUUCUGGAUCAGGCAGCAGCAAGAGCAAGACGGAGACGCGCAGCCGCAGCUUGACCUCGCAGCGCACCACCUCCUUCAAGCUGACGGAGCAGCAGAUCCUGCAGCUGACUCAGCAGGCCUUGCCUCAGCAACUGGACACUCAGCAGCCACCAGAACGGCAGCCACAGCAGGCCAACGGCCACGCCACCAGCCCCCCAGACACCACUCCAAUUUGAGGCUACACCUCAGAUGGGCGUUUUGUGUGCUUCACAGCUGCUCACCUCCGUGCUGUUGCUUACGAUGCUUGCCAGGCCGAAUGAUCAGGUGUAUCCCUGCAUCAAAACUUCAGUACCAGGGAACAACAGUUGCAUCUUGCAGCUGC